AUGGCGCCGUCGCAGGCCGAACUACUAGAGUCUCCUCGGAUGGUGCUGUCGCCACGCAAUGAUGGCGCUGACCAGUUCCUCAACCUCAUCCAAAAUCCUUUCAACACCGAGUUGAGCGAAAAGGCCUUCUGGUCGUCUCUGGGCUACUCUCUGGGCGCCGCCGUGCUGUGUGGCCUGUUGUUCUGCCUGCUAAGGCCCUACAAUGGGACCGUCUAUGCUCCACGCGUGAAGCAUGCCGACGAGAAGCACAAGCCGCCGCCCAUGAAGAAUGGCGUCUUCGGGUGGAUCCAGCCUGUCAUCAAAACCCGCGAGCAGGUUCUCGUCGACAAGGUCGGGCUCGACGCCGCGCUCUUCAUGCGCUUCACCAAGAUGUGUCGAAACAUCCUGCUCCUCCUGUCCAUCGUGGGCUGUGGCGUCUACAUCCCUCUCAACAUUAUCGAGAACAAGAGCAACAAAGCCUUCGACGAUACCAAUUUCUUCAUGACUCUGACCCCGCUGGGCGUAUGGGGCGCCGCCUGCUGGGCCCAUGUCGUCGUCUCGUACGCUUUUGACGGCGUCAUAUGCUUCUUUCUGUGGUCAAACUACCGCGCAGUUACGCGUUUGCGUCGGGACUACUUUAACAGUCCCGAGUAUCAGGAAAGCCUGCAUUCGCGAACGCUCAUGAUCACCGACAUUCCAAAGGCUUAUCGCACCGAUGAUGGUGUAUCUCGCAUCGUAGACGAGGUAGAUGCCGUUAGAGACCCGUCUGGCAUCAUUGCCCGCAACGUUAAAGGUCUCCCAGAGUUGCUGGAGGAGCACGAAGAAGCCGUUCGUGAUCUGGAAGGGAUACUAGCCAAGUAUCUGAAGAAUCCAGACAAACUACCAGCGAAGCGGCCAAAAUGCAAGUCCCAAAAGGGAGACCCGGCCUACAAGCCGGGGACCAAGGUCGACGCCAUCGACUAUCUGACAUCCAGGAUUGAGCGACUCAAGAAGGAUAUCGGUCAGCAAAGGAAGUCUGUCGACAACAAAAAUGCACUACCCUACGGCUUCGCCAGCUACCAAAGCAUUGAGCAGGCUCACGAAGUGGCGUACACGGCAAAGAAGAAGCACCCUCAAGGCACCACCAUCAAGCUUGCCCCGAAGCCCAGUGACCUGAUCUGGGAAAACCUCCCUCUCGACCGCAAGAGCCGCCGGUGGAGGACCUUUAUGAACAAUCUUUGGGUCACCCUUCUCACCAUUGUAUGGACCGUUCCUAACGGCCUCAUCGCCGUGUUCCUCGCCAACCUGAGUAAUCUCGGAUCCCUGUGGCCGGCCUUCCAAACAGAGCUUGAGCGAGACCCCAGGACGUGGGGUGCCAUCCAGGGUAUUUUAGCACCUCUGGUCACCACCUUGUUCUAUCUAUUGUUGCCCGUCAUCUUCCGACGCCUUUCCAUCUACGCCGGAGACCAUUCGAGAACCGCUCGCGAGCGACAUGUCACGCACAAGCUUUACGCCUUCUUCAUCUUCAACAACCUGAUCGUCUUCUCGCUGUUUUCAACGGCCUGGAAGUACGGCACGGCCGUCGCGAACGCCCAGCAGAAGACGGAUCUGUGGUCCGCCAUAGUGGGGACUGAUCCCUUCGGCAACCUCAUGACAGCCUUCUGCGACGUCUCGCCGUUCUGGCUCAACUACCUUCUUCAGCGGAAUUUCGGCGCCGCGCUGGACAUAUCCCAGCUUGUCAAGUUGGCCCAGGGGUACGUGACGCGCAAGCUGCUCAACCCGACCCCCCGCGAGCUCAUCGAACUCACUGCACCUCCGCCGUUCGACUACGCCGCCUAUUAUAACAAUUUCCUGUACUACAGUACCAUUGCUCUGAUCUUUGCGCCAUUCCAGCCUCUCGUGCUGCCCGUUACUGCCCUGUAUUUCACUGUGGACAGCUAUCUGAAGAAGUAUCUACUGCUCUACGUCUUUAUCACAAAGCACGAGUCUGGCGGCUCGUUCUGGCGGUUGUUGUUCAAUAGGAUACUGUUCGCUACAUUGCUCGCCAACGUCGUCACAACGCUCUUCAUUGUGGCCAGGAAGGAGUCACUUGCACAGAUAUUCGUCAUGAUACCGCUGCUGGUAUUGUUGGCUGGGUUCAAAUGGUAUUGCCGGCGCACAUUUGACGACGACCAGCACUUUUACAGCACGAGGAGCACAAAGGGCAGGGAGGAUAUGCUACCAAAGAGCGCAAAGCGCGACCGUGUCGGCGUCCGCUUUGGGCACCCAGCCUUGUACAAGAAGUUGAUGGUCCCCAUGGUCCAUGCCAGGUCGCAGCAUCUUCUCAAGGACGUUUGCCACGGCCAUGUGGACACCGGCUUGGACGGAGCCAGCGGCUACAGCGACACGUAUAGGAUGCAGAGAAUGUCCGCACAGAACCCAGGUCAACCUAACACCAAUGCCACCCCAGCACCCUUCGAAAUCGUCAACGUGGCGGAUAUGAACUUCGAACACUUCCGCGACCAUGCCGAAUUCCGCGAGCAGUUCGGCGGCGAUGGCGAGUUAUAUGGUAGACCGUCGGACCAGUCACGCCCUGGCACGCCCAGUACCAUACGACCCUCGCGCGUCGGCUCGCCUGCUUCGUUCAAUGGCCGCCCGUACGACGCGGACGGCACCGCCACUCCGGAAUAUGAGGGCGCCACGUAUCCAGCGGGCUACUUCCGGCCCAGUCCGCUCCGUCGCACGUCGUCGGAAACGUCGACCGGUCGUGCCCAGACGCGUGGUGAAAUUGACGAGUUCUCGGACGUCAAUCUGCUCGGAGCCGCAGCACCAUUAGGGCACAGCAGCCCAGCCAGACGGCCCCUGGAAAGGGACCGACUAUAA